AUGACCCAGAACCUGGUCUCCCCGAGACCCCUCACCGCUGAUGAGAUGUGGCUGGGGUAUGAUGCCCCAUUUCCCCACUAUCUCAGAAGAGGCUUUGACGAGCGAAUACCCCUUGAUGCCUUCUCAACCAAUUCCCAGUAUCCUCUUCGGAGACUGACAUACGACCGCUUCCCAGCUUGGGUUGUUGCCGAGAAACACGCCCUCAGACUGUUCAAAAUCAAUGCCCGAGACCAAGUAUGGAACUUUGUCGAAAUGGGGCCCGAGAUGGAAUCCUUGGCACAUGAGCAGCUGGAUCUUCAGCGUUUUCAAGUUCCAGCUAUGCAAGAUCUGGCUGAUCUUUGUGCAUUCGAUGGUAUGAGGCAAGAUGAGAACAGGCAGUUUCGUGAAGGCGAUUACAUGACUGCUCUUUGGAAACACGCGACCAACUGGUCCAUGUUUCUUCCCUACCAUGUUGAGGCUCUUCCAAGGACUCAUCAUCACUUGCGGGCCAAGCUCGGCAAAGCGUACGUUUCAUAUAUCCCACAUUACACCGAAGCCGCUCCCUUCAACAACGUUUCAGCAUGCCUCGUCAAGGUGGCCGAGGACUUCAAGGGGCUCGGACAGCACGACUUCGCAAGACUCCUCUUGGACUUGAGGUUUAAGGCAGCGUGGAUGGCGCUCGACAUGCGGGAGUACGCCAAGGUGAGGACGGUAUACAGUUCAGCAAAACGAUCUUUGGCUUUGAUUCGCCAGAUCAUGGCGGACCACCCAGAUCAAGUCAGAAUGUUGGAGGAUGUCGGCAAAGAUCCUGCUUUUGAGGACUAUUGGGGCCUUGGUCCCCUGCAAUGGAGCACAACUCAUGGUCUUGGGCAAGUGGUGAAGUAUCCAGACAUUGAAGCACCGCGAGCAAGGAAUAAGGCCAGGCCGCUCAGGGACAACGAACGUCGGGCGAUCUGGUCAGAACCUGUACCACGAGCCAGUGCUCUGGUCGACCAUAUCAGCGACAUGUUUAGAGCUCUCAAAAGCUGCUAA